AGACAGCGUCUUCUUUAGGCGAUCAAUUUUGAAGAUGGUAUCAGAGCUCAGUCUAAAAUUUUACAUUCGAAAUAUUUCUCAAAGUUAAGGGCUGAAUCUCUCUCCCUGUGUUUUCAGUCUGGGAUUCUUGAAUAUGAUCGUAGAAAACACUGAAUAUGAACAAUGGUUUAAACUCCUCUUUUAAGUACACACAUUUCAUAUUAGUCCUCUGUUUGAUAGAUAUAAAAAUAAGAUACCCUUUUUAAUACUUAUCGCAAUUAUUACUGACCAGGUGAUUAAAUAUGUGUUUGCAAAAAUUUAUUUUAGAAACAUUUUUUUUUGACAAUAUAGUUUUAGUGUAAAUAUCACUAAAUCCAAGUUGGUUUGUCUAAACACACAUUAUUUUCAUUCCUUACUCUUUCAAAAUUAUAAGUUAAGAACAACAUUUCUUAAAUUUUAAGCUACUUUGGAUGGACACAGUCACAAAGGUCCAAAAAGUUAAACUGAGAGCAACAUCAGAAGCAACAAAGAAGCUUCCUAAUGUUGUGCAUUUCUUUACGAAAUUUCCUUGAUGACAUUCUCCUAGUCUUUAUGAGAAAAAGGUCUUGUCCUGGACUAGAAAAUAAAAUCAAUAGCAAAGCUUCUAUAUACCUAUAUGAAUUUCAUUCAAUUUCACAACAUGUACCCACCAUACUUCUACCCUUCUACUUUCUGUGGUGCAUUUGCAAUAAACUUCACUAAUUUGUGGUUUAACAGAAGAGGUAUUUCUAUUGAGCCAUUCUGUGAUCCUCCAAACUGCACUUCAAAUCUUAUGGCAGACUUUGGAGCUACACAAAGAACACCCUCCACCACCACGACACCUUCAUCAUCCACCUUAGACACUUAUGAACCAAAAGGGCAUCACGAAAAGUUAUACACUGAUUUCAAAAUUUACUGGCCCUUCAACAUGCCCUUGACUUCAGAAGUUGCAGCACUUCGUGUCAUCAGAAACUUGGAGAACCUUGGCUUAUACUACACACUCUUUGUGUGGAUCAUUCUCUUCAUUGUCCUCAUUCCUCAUCUGUUUGCAGCAAUAGUGCAGCUGAUUUUGACUGAGGCUGGGAUUCAUCUUGCAGUGACUUUGGCUUGUGCUGUGCCUUUGGUUUUGGUGCAUGCAGUUUUGUGGGUUAGUCACCAUGCCUUUGAGAUUGAGGAUGAUUCUUGUACCAGAGAAUUUGCUUCUGUUGCUUGUCAUAAUAGAUGUACGUGUGGAGCUAAGGGCAUAGAUAAUGUUUAAAGUUUGAUUUGUUGUGUACAUAUGGUUUUAAAUUGCCAUUGCAAGGUGGUAGGUAGCUGCGGAUUCUUUCAAAUUAAAGGAAAAAUGUUCAUAGUUAUGAUAUCUGUUUACUUAUAUAUAAUUUUCUUUGUA